CUGAAGCGACCAACGACGUCAUCACAACACCAGCCUUAAACCCCCUCAGGUGGAGGAACUCUGGGAAAUGUUGAUUUUGAUGGUUAGGGCAUGACAGCUGUACGUCGUGUGUCUUAAGGAGCCCAGAACGAUACCAAGACCGACGAGCACAACUCUGGUCACACACUGCGUGCGACGCCUCCGGGACGCACCGUGCAUGAGCGAGCAUGCAAACUGUGACGUCGUCACCCAUCUUGUCGGCUCAAUUAUGUCGCCGUUGAAGGCUGAAAAGUCUCCAAGCAAGAUAAACCCACAAAAAUGGAUGAUACUGAGGUAAUGAGUGUCGUGACUCAGGCUAGUGACACGUCAGCGAAAAGUGAAAAACAAGUGGCCUCACAAGGGGAAAAAGGUGGUGGAAGAGGAUUUGAAGAAAAUAAAGGCGCUGUUCCGGUGAGAGAGAGAGAUCCAUGUGGUUUGUUGGUGCUGUUCCCAAUUUGUAUUACAGCAGCCAUAGCCCAAAAAUUGCUGAUGAUGGGCAAGACAGCUAGGGAGAUAUUGUUUGGAAGGCGAUGCUUCAUGAAAUACACCAAUGAAGUAGAUGCAAAGAAGACAAAGAACAAACUGUGUAAAAUUCAAUUAGACGGGAUCAAACCACACGUUAAUUCACCCUUCCGACUCCGGAAAGUGGAAAUGAUGCCUAUGAAAGGUGUAGAUGAGGGAACUCAUACAGGUAAAGGUCCUGUAGAUGAGAGUAAUGAAGAAGCAUCCAUUUCUGCCAAGAAAGAGGAGGAUCCAUAUAGUGUGUUGCUACUCUUCCGGAAUCCUAUUACAGCUCAAACAGCAUCAGAGCUACUGUCUGUGGGCCAAACCGCCUCGGAAUUAACGUUCCUUAAAAUGUGCUACAUGACAUAUCCCACUGAAGAGGCCGCAUUGAGAACAAAGAAUGAAAUAUGUAAAAUGGAUUUCAAUGGAAUCACACCACACGUUGAAACGGCUUUUAUACCACGAGAAGGGAGACAGAGUGAUAGAAAGUGUGUGGCCAAGGAAAGACUUGGAACUUGUGGAAAAAAAUGUCCUGUUAAUGAGGUGAAUGAAGAAGCGUUCAUUUCGGACAAGGCUAAACUGCCCUCAAAUAAAGUGAUGAGAAGAAAACUACAGCAGGAAAUUAAUUCAGCCAGACCCCCAAUUGCUUCAGCAAAUGAUGAAAGUGUACAUGUGACAGCAUAUGAAAGAAACCUUAAUGAAGGUCAGCAUUGUUUGAGAGUGGCUCUCCAGCUAUACAAGACCAUAGCCCGUAGUCGUUUUCAAGAGAUUAAAAAGCUCGAACGACAACUGAGGGAAAAAAAUGGAAUGUUAGCAGAGAAUGAGAAUGAAAUUCGAGUGUUAGAGAAUAAGGUAAAAAAACUUCAAGAAAACCUGAAUGUUGCUGAGAGAAAGGCUGAGGAUAUUACGUUUGUUAUGUUGAGGAUGAGGGCAAUACGGGGACUUGAUGCUUGAAUAUUGAACGUACAGAGGACCAAAUUAGUGGUAUUGAAGCCUUCAUCUGAUUUAAAUUUUAUUCCACUUUUAGUCUUUGUUUUGAUGAGCCUUGUUGCAAGGCACUUUAUUCUAUAAACCUAGCGUGCAAUGUGGUCAUCAAAUAACAAUCUACAUUUUGCAUAAGUUUGAAUAGCAAUGUUGCUCAUUUGGUUCCACUAGCUGAAUGGUGUCUCCAAGCAGUCAUGGGAAGCAACAAGUUCAGGGCUGGUGAGACAGGCUUACAUUUAUGUUUGUUGCCAUUCAUUAUUUUUUCAUAUAAUGCAUAUAUUUCAAUGCUGUAUUAUUACAGUAAAUAUGUUUGAUUAAUUUGCAGAUUAUUGUUGAACUCUUUAUGAUUUUGAUGCAUUAUUAUAGAGCAUAAAAUUUAAUGUUUGAGUUUGCCAACUAUUUCAAGUUUAUGAGAUGAUUUUGUAGUGUUUACAACAGUGAGCAGAUGUAGGCUAGUCAUCUUAUAUAUUUUUUGUAGUUUAAGACCUAAUUUUCUUUAGGUAACAUCAAAAAAGGUUGUGUGUUACUGUGACUUUUUCUUUAGCUCGACUCAAGAAUUUUAUUUCGGUGUAUGAUGGAUUUCUACGAUAAUUUUAAUGGUUAACAGGCGAGUUGCUGUUGCUUAGUAUUGAAUUCAUACACUACAGUGGAAGAAUAAACAAAAUAUUUUAACAGGGAAAGGAAUACUUUACAGUUUACACAUGAAAUUUUAAAGUUCAUUUUUAACAAUGUACUGUACCGUACUGAUGUUAGUGGUGGUAUUUAUUUAUUUAUUCCCAGUACUGACUUUUAUGAAUUUUUAAGGAGCUUCAGAUUUUGUUAAUAUUAGUAUUACCAAUAUUUCUCCUCGUAUUGUUCCAUCCUUGCCCCUGUGAAGGGUGCCCCUUCCAAAAUUUUGUACAUACCUGACCCACAUCACUAAAGCUUCCUCCAGUUCUGAAAUCCCUUUUCCUUGAACACUUUUCUUCACACUCCCUCUCCAUUUCCAUCUUCACCAAUGGGUCUAAGUCUGCAGACGGUGUAAGCUACUCUGUUGUUUUCCUAACCACACUUAUGGGUGUCUCCUAUCUCCGGAGCCUAGCAUCUUCACGGCAGAACUUUAUGCUAUUCUCUAUGCUCUUCGUCUCCUGCUUUCUCGCUGUCAGUCCUCUUUUGUGGUUGUAGUUGACUUUCGUAGUGCCCUCAUGGCUCUGGAGUCCUUUCAUCCAGUCCAUCCGGUGGUCAUUGAGAUUCAACAUUGGCUGUUUCUUAUAUCCAGUAAAUUUAAGUCGGUAGAAUUUUGCUGGGUUCCCAGCCAUAUCUCUUUAAAUGAGCAUGCAGACGCUGCCGUUAAGGAAGCUAUCCUCAGUUGUCCCAUCUCUCGUAAAAGUAUUAGUUAUUCUGACUUUUACCCAGUUCAUUCCUCCAUCCUUGCCCAUUGGCAGGGUUAUUACUCCUUAGUGUCCACAUUGUGUUGUUCCCCUUACAGACAUGCAUAUCCUUGUUGAAUGUCCUGCCUUCCAGGAUGAGCGCGUGUCUUGCUUUCCGACUGUCCCUCGCGGUCACUUGUCCCUCGAUAGAAUUCUUGUUGAAUCGGAUACUUUUGAUAUCGUUCGCCUUAUGCAUUUCUGUUCUCAUAUUGGCACCCUUAGUGAUAUUUAGCACCCUCUGAUUAUUCUGCACAUUUGAUGGUGCCACAUAGCCUUCCCGGCUUAGUGCCUGCUUUUGAUAAUCACUUACUUUACAGAUUUCUUCAUGUGAGUUGUAAUUACUGCAAAAUAUAGUGAUGUUUCAUAUACUUUACUUAUAAUACGCAUCUGGGGAUCAUCCCAGACGUAGGUUUGAACCCUCAUCAUGGCCAUGUGGAUUUGUUCUUGUAUUAAGUCAGACUGAUAAUAAGCUAAAAUAGCAUCAUAUGUUGCCAUUUCACAAUGUAUUCCUGUAGCUCAACUAUAUCAUUUGUUUAAAAAAGAAGUUUAGAUUUUGUAUUAAAUUUUCAAGUCUAGGACAAGGCAUGGUGCCAACACCAAGUGCUCACUCUGUACAUUACUUUACAGCAAAUUUACAUUAAUAAAAUUAUAAUGUA